AUGCCGGCUGUGAUCAAGUCGACCGAAGCCGCCGGUCUAGCCGUCUAUGACGAGGCUUUGUUCAAGCAGCGCCGCUCCUGCGCCAUGGCGGUCAACUUCCCGGUGGGCGAGGCCGCAGGCAAGAAGGCGGCUGCCGCGCUGAUCAAGAAGUACAAGCCUGCCGCGAUGAUUUUCAUCGAGAAGGUCGGGCCCAACACCAAGGGCAUCUAUCACUCGAUCAUGGGUACGCCGCGCACGCCGGACAAGAUCGCCAGCGCCUACCAUCUGGCGGAGCAGGCGAAGACGGCAGGCAUUCCUACGAUCGGCAUCGGCGAUGGCGGCAACGAGAUCGGCUGUGGGCUCAUCAAGGAGGCGGUGGCCGAGAUCCAGCCCUUCGGCAAGGACUGCGGCUGUCCCUGCCAUGGCGGGGUUGGCACGGUUACUGAAUGUGAUGUGCUGGUCUUCGCCGCGGUGUCGAACUGGGGUGCCUAUGGCAUCGCGGCAGCCCUCGCGGGUCAUCUGGGAGACCGCGAGAUCCUGCACGACGAGGCGACAGAACUUCGGAUCGUGCAGGCGAGCGUCGAUGGCGGCGCGAUGGACGGGGCCUAUUCCAGGCCUCAUCCCAUACGUCGACGGCACGUCGGACAAAUUACAGGCCGCUUUGAUCACGGUGCUGCACCAGAUCAUCGAAAACGGACUGAAGGAAUACGACAGAGGUUUCUGAUUCACAGGAGACGGCAAUGA